AUGGCCGACCCCCCGCCCCCCAAAGACAAACUCGAAGUCGCCCUCUUCCUCGCCGCCACGCAGGGCUACGACACCAUCGUCACCCUCCUGUUGGGCACCCCAGGCGUCAAACUCGAGAGCCGCGACGAGCUCGGCCGCACCCCGUUCUUCUGGGCCGCCGCGCACGGCCACGACAGAGUCCUGCAACUCCUGCUGGGCACGGGGGCUGUCGACCCUAAUGUGCGCGAGACGGCCCGCGGCGGGCUGUCGGCGCUGAGCGCCGCGGUCGAGGGCGGGCACGCGGCCGUUGUGACCCGUUUGCUCGGGGUCGGGGUUGAUGUGCAACCGGCGGAUGGGCAGGGGAAGACGGCGUUGAUGUAUGCCGUCGGGAGUGUUGAGGAUCCCGGGGUUCGUUUGGCGAUUGUCACAGCGCUGGUGGGGGCCAAGGCGGAAGUGAAUGUUCGGGAUGAGGCGGGGAGGGUGCCGUUGGGGGUCGCGGUGGAGAAAGGAGAUGCGGCAGUCGUCGGGGUUCUGGUUAAGGCGGGAGCGGAUGUCAAUGUGCGGGAUGGGAAGGAGGAGAACGGCGUCAGGCCGUUGGAAGUAGCGGUUGAGAAGGGGGAUGUUGAUGUUGUGGAGGUUUUGGUGGAUGCGCAGGCAGAUCCGAAUACGGGGUUGGAUUGUGAGGAAGAGGGGGAGGAGGGGGAGGGAGAAGCUGCUGCUGCUGCUGCUGCUGCUGCUGCUCGGGCACCGCCGUUGUCGGUGGCGGUGAGGAAGGGGAAUGAGACGAUUGUACAGUUGCUGCUAAAGGCUGGCGCGAAUCCCGAUGCUAAAGACCUGGCUGGCCGCGCGCCGCUGUCGGUGGCGGUUGAGAAAGGAAAUGAAACAAUUGCGCAAUUGUUACUCAAGGCUGGCGCGAAUCCGGAUGUUAGGGAUGGGGAUGGGAGGCCGCCGUUGCUGUGGGCUGUGGAAAAGGGCUCCGAGGAGGUGGUGCGGUUGCUGAUCGCCUCGCGGAGAAUCAACCUUGAUCUCGUGGAUGAUGCAGGCCGGUCAGCUCUCUGGUGGGCUGCGCGAGCGGGUUUGCUCUCGAUCGUGCGGUUGCUGGUUCGGCACGGGGCUGACUUGGAGAUUCGGCCGACAGAGCCUGAGGAUGCACAGCAGCAGCAACAGCAACCUUGCGGGACUGCCUUAUAUCAAGCCGGUCGACGCGGUCAUGUUGAGGUGGUCAAGUAUCUGCUGAAGAAGAAGGCCGACAUCAAUGCCCCAGCUCGGGGCCUGUCCCUGCUGAUGUCCUUGGUCUUGUAUGAUCGGGGCAAGCGGGGACGGAAGAUGAUAGAAUUGCUCCUCGACGCAGGGGCUGAUGCCAACACCAAGGAUACCUCCGGGCGAACGAUUCUAGACAUCGCAGCAGCCGACGGCGAUGUUGAGCUGGCUAAAAUCGCCCUCGACAGCGGCGUAGGACUCGAGGCUACGGCAGAGGACGGCAUGACGGCGUUGCACCGGGCGGUCAUCAACCGCCACGACCACAUCAUGGACAUGCUCCUCGACUAUGGUGCCGACCCGGAAGCCCAGGACGGCAAUGGGGAUACGCCUCUACACUUCGCAGCCGCCAGCGGUCGGCGGAAUCUGUUCGAAUUGUUCCUGGAGAAGUCGCCCGAUAUCAACGUGACCAACUUCUCCGGUGAGAGCCCCCUGCAUAAGGCCGUCCAACGGGGCCGGCGGAAAAUGGUCGAGUAUAUGGUCCGCAACGAUGCGGACCUCGAGGUGCGUGACGACUACAAGCGAACGCCGUUGCUCAAGGCAGUGGGGGCGGAGAACCACGUUAUGAGAUUGCUGGUCAACAAGGGAGCUCAUGUGCAUGCGAAGGACAUGUUCGGGCAGACGGCGCUGCAUAUGGCGGCAGAGGCCGGGCUGGCCGACGAUGUGUACUUCUUGCUGGGCCAUGGCUUGUCGGCGAGCCUGCCGGAUGAUCGUGGUCGAACCCCCAAGGAGCUUGCAGCUAAGAAUGGAAGGAAAAAUGUUGUCGCCCUCUUUAAGCGGAUGGAAUUGAUUGCUCCGAAGCACGAGGAGGAUGAGGACUCUUCGGAAGGAUGA